CUGUGGCAUGGGUUCGUAAUUUCGGAAGCCGGACAGACGCAUCGGCACUGUUAUUGUUUCUGAAUGAAAAUUCAAGGGAUGUGGAUAUAGCCGCACGUUUUACAUGAACUUAAUUGAACUGUCGCAGUCAUUUUUUUAUACGGAAUUAAUGUGGUGUGAAUGUAUUUAAGUAAGUAGUUGUACAGUAUUUAUAUCUUAGCAAGUUGCAGCUUAGCUAGACGCGGAGGCCUGUUACCACCGCGCGUCGAUUUUAACAAUAGCCGAGAUACACUCCCCUUUGCAUGGGCGAACUGUCCUCAUGAAAUUCUUUUUACUGUGAGAAAUAGGUGCUCAGAUCAUAGAAGUAGUACACAGAGCGUGUCGCACAUGGGGCUACACUUUUAAUAUCUUGUGUUUAUUUAUGGACAUUUUUACGAAGACAUUGGAGCAUUUUUAAACACAUCAUUUUGAGAAACACAAAAGGAAUAUGUCCAACGGAGCUGCGGGGAGCGGAGGAUUGACUUGGGUGACACUCUUUGACAAGAACGCGGCGGCGAAGAAGGAGAAGGAGCGCGAGAAGGAGCGCGAGAGGGAGCGCGAGCGCGAGCGCGAGGAGGCCAACGGACACCACGGCGGCCAUGGAGACGCACCGAGGCCGAGAGCGGACGGAGGAGGAGGAGGAGGAGGAGGAGGAGGGAAGAAGAAGUCGGCGGCGGACAAGAUGUCUGUGGAGCGCGUAUAUCAGAAGAAGACACAGCUGGAACACAUACUGCUCAGGCCCGACACCUACAUCGGCUCAGUAGAGCCCGUCACACAGCAAAUGUGGGUGUUUGACGAGGAGGUGGGCAUGAACCUGAGGGAGAUCACCUACGUACCCGGCCUCUACAAGAUCUUCGACGAGAUCCUGGUGAACGCAGCCGACAACAAGCAGAGGGACAAAAACAUGACCACCAUCAAAAUCAACAUCGAUGCAGAGGGCAACACGGUGUCCAUCUGGAACAACGGUAAAGGCAUUCCGGUGGUGGAACACAAAGACGAGAAGAUGUACGUCCCCGCCCUCAUCUUCGGACACCUCCUCACCUCCAGUAACUAUGACGACGACGAGAAGAAGGUCACAGGUGGCAGGAACGGAUACGGUGCCAAACUCUGCAACAUCUUCAGCACCAAGUUCACCGUGGAGACGGCCUGCAAAGAAUACAAACACAGCUUCAAGCAGACCUGGCAGAACAACAUGACCAAGACAGCGGACCCCAAGAUCAAGUAUUUCGACGGCGACGACUUCACGUGCGUGACAUUCCAGCCGGACCUGUCCAAGUUCAAGAUGGAAAAGCUGGACAGGGACAUGGUAGCUCUCAUGACGCGGCGCGCCUACGACAUCGCCGGGUCCUGCCGAGGGGUCAAGGUCAUGUUCAACGGCAAGAAGCUCCCGGUGACCGGUUUCCGCAGCUACGUGGACCUGUACUGCAAGGACAAGCUGGACGAGAUGGGCGUGGCCCUGAAGGUGGUCAACGAGACGGUUAACGAGCGCUGGGAGGUGUGUCUGACGCUCAGCGAGAAGGGCUUCCAGCAGAUCAGCUUCGUCAACAGCAUCGCCACCACAAAGGGUGGGAGGCAUGUGGACUAUGUCGUGGACCAGAUUGUCUCAAAACUGAUUGAGGUGGUCAAGAAGAAGAACAAGGCUGGAGUCAACGUGAAACCCUUCCAGGUGAAGAACCAUGUCUGGGUGUUUGUGAACGCGCUGAUCGAGAACCCGACGUUUGACUCGCAGACCAAGGAGAACAUGACGCUUCAGACCAAGAGCUUCGGAUCCAAAUGCCAGCUCUCAGAGAAGUUCAUACGCUCGGCCACCAACUGUGGUAUCGUGGAGAGCAUCCUGAACUGGGUGAAGUUUAAGGCCCAGACGCAGCUGAAUAAGAAGUGCUCCUCCGUCAAACACAGCAAGAUCAAGGGCAUCCCCAAACUGGAUGACGCCAACGACGCAGGUGGUAAGCACUCGUCGGACUGCACUCUGAUCCUGACGGAGGGAGACUCGGCCAAGACGCUGGCGGUGGCCGGGCUGGGGGUCAUAGGUCGCGACCGCUACGGAGUCUUCCCUCUCAGGGGAAAGAUCCUCAACGUGCGCGAAGCCACACACAAACAGAUCAUGGAGAAUGCGGAGAUCAACAACAUCAUCAAGAUCCUGGGCCUGCAGUACAAGAAGAGUUACGAAGACCCAGAGUCCCUACGCUCACUACGAUACGGACACAUCAUGAUCAUGACCGAUCAGGUACACACACACACACACACACACACACACACACACACACACACACACACACACACACACACACACACACACACACACACACACACACACACACACACAGCUACGAGGACCCCGAAUCCCUACCUGCCCAGCUAUAAGAACUUCAAGGGCAUCAUCCACACAUGCACCCAUAAACACCCAUCUCUGCCCAGCUAUAAGAACUUCAAGGGCAUCAUCCACGAGCUGGGUCAGAACCAGUACCUGGUGAGCGGAGAGGUGUCGGUUCUGGACAGGAACACCAUCGAGAUCACCGAGCUGCCCGUCCGGACCUGGACACAGUCCUACAAAGAGUCGGUGCUGGAGCCGAUGCUGCAGGGGACGGAGAAGACUCCGGCGCUGAUCAGCGACUACAAGGAGUACCACACGGACACCACCGUCAAGUUCGUGGUGCGCAUGAGCGAGGAGAAGCUGGCACAGGCCGAGGCGGCCGGGCUGCACAAGGUCUUCAAGCUGCAGUCCUCGCUCACGUGCAACUCUAUGGUGUUGUUCGACCACAUGGGCUGCUUGAAGCGCUACGAGUCCGUUCAGGACAUCCUGAAGGAGUUCUUCGAGCUCCGCCUCCACUACUACAAGCUGAGGAAGGAUUGGAUGAUGGGCAGCCUGGGGGCGGAGGCUGCCAAGCUGUCCAAUCAGGCGCGCUUCGUCCUGGAGAAGAUCGAGGGGAAGAUCUCCAUUGAGAACAAGACCAAGAGGGAUCUGAUCCGGCUGCUGGUGCAGAGAGGCUACGAGUCGGACCCUGUGCUCGCAUGGACUAAGGCCCAGGAGAAGGCGGUGGAUGAGGAUGCUGAUAGUGACAGUGACGGCUCGAUAGACUCCGGCUCCACCUCGGGCCCCAACUUCAACUACAUCCUCAACAUGUCUCUGUGGUGCCUGACCAAGGAGAAGGUGGACGAACUGCUCAAGCAGAGAGACGGCAAGAAAUCGGAGCUGAACGACCUGCAGAAGAAAUCUCCUCAGGACCUCUGGAGGGACGACCUGGCCGUCUUCGCAGAGGAGCUGGACCGUCUGGAGGAGGCUGAGAAGGAGACGAUCCAGCUGGGCAAGGCUGCCAAGAUGGUGAAGGGCAAGGUGGGCAAGCCCAAGGCUCGCAAGAUGGAGCUGGAGGAGACGCUUCCCUCGCCGUACGGCCGCCGCAUAGAGCCCACCGUCUCGCUCGCCACCAAGGCCGACGCCGCCAAGAAGAUGGGCAAGAAGAAGAAGAGCGACGUAGACAUGAAGAUGGAGUUUGACAUGGAGGACGGGGAGGGAGGAGGAGGAGGCGCAGGAGGAGGAGGCGCAGGUGCCGGGGAGAACUCCCUGAUCUCCCCCUCCGGACAGGCACAGGCCAAACCCAAAACACCACGCGUCAAGAAGGAGAAGAAGGAGCCAGCUACCCCGCGCGAGAGGAAGACUCCGGGCCCCAAGGGGACGCCGGCGGGUAAGAAGGUGAAGAAGAGGAACCCCUGGUCAGACGAGUCGGACAAGUCAGACAGCGACCUGGAGGAGAGCGCCCCCGUCAUCCCCCGAGAAACCAAGUCAAUGAGGGCAUCAGCUGGUAAGGCCAAGUACACGUUUGACUUCUCGGAGGAGGAGGGCGGCGGCGACGAUGACGACGACCAGGAGGAGGAAGAUGGCCGCUCGUCACCCGUGGCGACGGGCCGCUCGUCGUCUCCGCUGCGUUCCUACGGCGACUCGCAGCCGAGCAGGGAGCUGUUCAGCAACAGCAACACCACGCAGGACGAGGACGAGGACGACAUCUUCCCACCCAGAGCCACACACACAUCGUCGACGCCUGCAGCCAAGAAGAAGACGCCCACGAAGACAUUCACCUCCAAAACGGCCUUCUCCGACAAGAGCGACGACAGCGAUGUUUGUGUUGUAGAUGGUGGCAAGUCGGACAGUGAGGAGGACCACAGCCAAGCCUUCUCCACAUACUCCAGCAGCUCAGCAUUCGAAAAGCCAACGCCCGCCAAAAAAGCAGCUAAGAGGCCGUCGGAAGGGGCGACCCCCAAACCCAGGAAGACGCCGGCCAAGCCCAAGCCCAAGCCCAAAGCAGACCUGUCCACACCCCACUCCGCAUCCGUCUGGGACUCCGACUCGGACACGGGGGCCAAGAAGAUGACCGCAUCAGCACCAGCAGCACUCAAAGGUAAAGGUCGGGCCAAGAAGAGGAAGGGAUCGGAUUCGGAAGGCGACGACUUCGCUCCCGUGAAGAAAACACCUGCUGCUAAAACACCCAGGAAGAAGAAGGUGGCGGCGGCUCCUGCGGCGUCUGACGAUGACGAUGAUGACGAUCGGGAGAUGAAGACGUCGUUCAGCAGCCGCUCGGCCGAUCGCCCCGGACGCUCCGCCAGGAAGGAAGUCAAAUACUUCGCAGAGUCCAACGACGAGGAAGAGGAGGACGACAUGUUUGACUAAAAAAAAAACAACCAACCAACCAGCCGCCCAGCCCACGAUGACUUGACACACACACACACACACACACACACACACACACACACACACACACACACACACACACACACACACACAUGCACACACACCAGCCCCCACACACAUGCACACACACACAAACCUUUAAAAAAUGACAUUAACACUCCUAGACUUACUCCUUCCAUCUGUCUUAUACACAGACACACACACACAUUCGUGCGGACACACACACACACACACACACAUUUGUGGAUUAACUACCGUACUUUCGUCCAGCAGACUUUUGUAAAUCUGAUUUCCAACUCCCGUCUUUUAUUUGACUUUUAUUGUGACGAUGUUCAAUGCUUUCUACCGUGUAGCUGUUUUACACUUUUAUUAUUAUUAUUAUUAUUGUUAUACAUUACAGGACUUUUACUUUGUUUUUUUGUUUGUUUUUUCGUUUUAUGUAUUUUUUUUAAUCAUUGAAAUGUAUUUGUCCUAAGCGGCUUUUAGGAGUUUAGAUGCGGUGCUACUGCACAUUUUAACUGUUGAAAAAUACAACAAAAAAAACAGAACAAAAUGUACCUUUUUGAGAUGAAACUUGGAAAUAAAUAUUACUGAAAUGUA